CGACAAUCCGCCCCUCCGCCACCCAUCGCCGUCAUCGAGGACCCUGAGUCAAACUUCUCUCUUGACGACUGCAAUCGCCCUUUUCUCUCUAACUUCGUCUUUUUCACUUGUAUUGUGAUUUCGUGGCGAAGCCAGCUGUCUUUCUCUUCGCAUUGUUCUUUUGGUAUUUGAUCUCCACUCCGAUCGCUCAUCAUGGAACGGCCGUCUACACCACCUCGGGCAACAAAGCCUGCACCCACAAUCACUCCGCCGACCCCAGAAGUUACGAAGCGCAUAGAAGAGAACCGACUCCGCGCAAAGGCGAUCCGAGACCAGCGUGAAGCCGAACAACGAGCGACCGGCACCGCACCCGAAAUCCCCAAGAGCUCCGGAGGCUUUGUACCAACAGAAGACGUUUACAUCUCGAAAACUGCCGACGGAAAGCGACCGUACAGCUCUAUCUCUACAGCAGAUGCUUCUAAGGGAACAAAUCGAGAUGGACGUAACAAAGGCGAUGAGGAGGCGUUGCGGCCGGCGCGCAAGUUCACAAAGUUCGUCGAUUACAACAUGAGCGCCAUGACAGAUACGAAGGGUGGUUUCUUAUCGACGGAAGAUGAUCCGCAUAACUAUGCUCUGGGCGGCAAGAAGCCUGGACAAUCUGAGGAUGACCAGCGACCGAAGCACAUGAGCGUUCAAGAGUGGGAGAGAUUGCAGCUGAUACGGAACUUGAAGAGGCUCAAGGCAGGUCCUUUCGAGCCUGGGCUGAGCGUGCUUGCGGACGACGAGACACGAAAGAAGUGCCAGGAUUGCAAGAGCUUGGAGAUCGACUUUGUCUGGGAAGAGGUCUUCCAUAUCUGCGUUUGCAACAAGUGCAAGGAGAAAUAUCCAGAGAAGUACUCGUUGUUGACCAAGACUGAGUGCAAGGAGGAUUAUCUGCUUACAGACCCCGAGCUACGAGACCCUGAGUUAUUACCACAUCUCUCAAAACCAAACCCUCACAAAUCCCAUUGGCACGACAUGAUGCUCUUCCUUCGAUGCCAAGUAGAAGAAUACGCGAUCAAGACGAAGUGGGGGUCAUCAGAGGCUUUAGACGCAGAGUAUGAGCGACGAGAGACACAAAAGAAAGCUCGCAAGGAAGCCAAGUUCAAAGAGAAGCUACUUGAUCUGAAGAAAAAGACACGAACGGAUGCUUUUCGCAGACAGGCUGGCAAUUUGAGCAAGUCGGGUGCCAGCAAGUUUGGUGAUGCAAUAGGAGGUGGGCGGCAUGUCCAUGAAUGGGGAAGAACGGUUGAGAAUGAGGAUGGGAUGACGGUCAAGACAUGUGUUGAUUGUGGUAUGGAGGUUGAAGAGCUAGAAUUUUGAUGCCAUCAUAUUAUCGUUUGAGCCUUGGGUUUGGAGUUGGGAGUUAUGACGAUGCGAGCACUUUGGUAGGCCUAACCAGGCUCAAGGAUCAUCAGGCAUAGAAUCAACUAAACUUUGCUGUGAUUGGUAUAUCAAACAAGAGCUUGAUUCAGGAGUAUACUGGUGUUGGGUAACGAAUUCAAUCUUCGUCACAAUGUUCCACCGUCCUGCAUCCAAUUAAGGACUCCUUAGGAUUAACUUUACAAAAACCAGCGCUAAAAUAAGACACAAACAAAGGCAUUGUUUGCCAUCAAAUUUUGCUUUUGAU